UGCCGUUAAUGAAAAAGAGUUCAAUAACUUCCAUCAAUGCAGCAAGAAGAAAAAAAUAGCAGUUUUUGGGUCUUAAAAAUGCAGCAAGAAGAAAAAAGAGAAGAGAUUGGACUACUUAAAAGGAGUAAAUCAUGUAAAUGCCAAUUAUCUACAUAUUAUGUGGUUUUUUUUCGAAGAUACGCAAAAGAUUAGAAAAAGAAAAAGUAAAGAAAGCAAACACAAGAACAAAAAUAAAAAGCAAUAAAAUACAAGAAAAAAGAGUUAAAGCCCGCGUCACUCCUCCAAAUCUAGUAUUCCUCUUCUCCUCCAAAUACUAAUCAAAUCUGUUCAACACAUACCCACUCUCUCUCAAGAACUCAGCUUUACUGUGUUCAAAUGUUCGGCUCCAACAACUUCAUGGGUCAGAGAAGAAAAUGCCUAGUGCUUCUCUUUCUUUUCAUGCUUCAAACCCUCUUCUUCUCCAACAGUUUAUCUGCUUGUCUAAAUGGAAGUUGCCAGCUUGCAGAGCCAUGUUCCAUGGCAUCUGAUUGUGGGUCUGGUUUAUUCUGUGGCAACUGCCCUCCUACUGGGAAUACUCAACCUAUUUGCAUCAGAGGUCAAGUAGUCCAGCCCACAUCAAUUAUGAAAGGAUUACCCUUUAACAAGUACUCAUGGUUGGUGACCCAUAAUUCAUUUUCUAUUGUCAAUGCACCAUUACUCCUUGGUGUGCAAAGAGUGACAUUUUACAACCAAGAAGAUACUGUUACCAAUCAGUUAAUGAAUGGUGUGAGGGGAUUGAUGUUGGACAUGUAUGACUUUGAAGAUGAUAUAUGGCUGUGUCAUUCUUUGCGUGGCCAGUGCUUCAACUUCACAGCUUUCGAACCUGCUCUUAAUACUUUGAAGGAAGUGGAAGCAUUCUUGAGUAAGAACCCGACAGAGAUUGUGACUAUUAUUAUUGAGGACUACGUUCAUACUCCUAACGGGUUGACAAAGGUGUUCACGGCAGCUGGGUUACAGAAGUAUUUGUUUCCAGUUUCAAAAAUGCCAAAAAAUGGUGAAGAUUGGCCUACUGUGACUGACAUGGUUGCCGAUAAUCACCGUCUUCUGGUUUUCACCUCUAUUGCUUCAAAGGAGGCUGACGAGGGAAUUGCCUAUCAGUGGAGAUACAUGGUGGAAAACGACUCUGGAGAUCCUGGAAUCGUGCAAGGCACAUGUCCACACAGACCGGAAUCAGAGCAGCUGAAUUCACGAAAGGCAUCUCUGUUUUUUCAGAACUACUUUCCUACCUAUCCAGUCGAAGACGAAGCAUGUAAAGAACAUUCAGUUGGUCUUUAUGAGAUGGUUGGUGCCUGUUACAAAGCAUCAGCUGGAAUGAUGCCGAACUUUCUUGGAGUGAACUUUUACAUGAGGAGUAAUGGAGGAGGUGCUUUUGAUGUUGUGGACAGAAUGAACGGGCAGAGCUUAUGUGGCUGUAGUACUAUCACUGCCUGCCAGGCUGGAGAACAUGUAGGUUCUUGCAAGAACACCACCUCAGCUAAUAAAAGCCCUUCAGCUACAGCUAACGGGCAUGGCAGCUUUGACGGAUAUGUUCAAUUAUCAGGAUCGUCUUCGCCUGCCCAUUUCAUGAAUAUCAUCAUUUUCAACUUGAUUUAUUUUUCCAUAGUGGUGACUUUGUUGUAACUACUCUUCUUGACAUGAGAAUUCAGACGAUAAAUUAUUAGUGAGCUUUCCAUCUACCAUAGGUCUUUUAUAUUGUCUUAGUUUAACAUAUUUCAAGUUGACUACAUCUAUGUAAUUUAUAGUGGAAGGUUGGACAUCAUUAUAGAACUUUCAGCAUCUAGAGCUAGUUGCUGAAGUUGCGGAAUGUAAUUGAAGAAGGGUAAGAACCUUCUACGAAGUUAACAGAACUAGGUCCUUUUUGUGCUGUGUGUGAGAGUUCUGGGUUAAGACAGGUCAAGUGAGUUUCUGCCAGGUCUCAUUCAUGGUUCAGGUUGUGUAAAGUUGAGAUGUAGUGGAACUGGAAAUCAUAUAGUUCGAUCAGUUUAUUCAGGAAGUUCCCCUUGUCUCCAUCAUUGGGUUCUUUUUUGUUGGAACUUUUGUGCAACUUAAAUCUGCCACGAUUUAUUGCUAGUGAAGUAUAUGCUUGUGUGCGGCUAUUGGUCUUUCUUUUACAUAUUUACAUAUUGAUCCUCGCCUUUUAACACCAGUGAUCUCCAUCUGGAUCUUGAAAAUAUAAAAUGAACUGGAAAUGAUGAAACACAGUUUUUCAGUUUA